AUGUAUAUUUUGACACCCAGCUUUCUGACCACACACCUGAAGAACGUCUCCAGGAUGGACGCGCUCGGCUUGCCCUUCCAUUGUCACGCCCUGCAUAACCAAAACAGGAUGACCUCAUCACCAGGCCUCCACUCAUGGACACACUCACCCAGCAUAUCCAGCAUGGCUGCUCGCAGCCGGUCCCACUCCCCUAGCAUGGCGGCACCCUCCUUCUCGGGCACGGUGCAGUUUAAAAUGUCGUACCACUUGUCCCCCAGAGGGCACAGCUUCCUGCCCUCUCCCAACAGCACGACCAACGAGUCUGUGCUGGUCCCAGAGAUUACGCCCAUGGUGCCUGAUCUAUGCAUUGAGCAGCUGUGGAGUGAGACGGCCUCCUCCCACAGCCUGUCCAACCACGUAACCCACCUGGGCACUCCCAUGGAGAGUGUGAGCACUCCCGCCAAGGCCACAGGGAGACACAUGAGAAGAAUAGAGGAGCCAUCUUCCAUAUGCUUCCUCAUCCCCCUGGUGUGCUUCAUCCUGCCCAAGGACACGGCCAUGAAGGUGCUGGUGAAGUGGUACAACAUCUACAACGCCCCGGGGGGCCCCAGCGCACAGCUGGAGUGGAACCUUUUUGUCACCUGCUUCAUGACUCUCAUGGGCUACAACACGGAGUGGCUGGGCUGAACACGCAAUCUCCAUUUUGAAGUGCCCCUCUCUCCUGUGAUUGCACCAAAGAAGGCCCGGCCGUCUGACACGGUGUCUGAUGAGCCCCUGUAUGUGCUGCACCUGCUCUAUGAGGAGCUGAAGAUGGACGAGGAGCGGGGGAGCGGGGCGGCGAUCACUGGUGGGCCUCCUGCAACAGCUGGCCAGGGAUCUGCAGCUGGAGAAGUGUAUCAAUCUGUACUGGCGAGAUUACCCCUCAUUCAACACCAUGUUCAAGGGGACCUGCAUCAUAAAUCACGUUUGUCUGAAAAGCUUGUUGUUUGGCUAACAUCAGCAGGUUUCACAUUGAAAGACCUGGAAUCCGCGCUCUUUGGUGUGGCUCUGCUCAUAGAUGCGAUCUACCAGUGUCGAGAGUAACUCUGCUCUGACUGGUCAGAGGAUGUCUGCCUGUUGAUUGGGUGAAAGGACCUCACCAAGAAAGCACACAAAGUGACCGUGGCCAAAUGCAAAGCUACGGUGGGUCCGGUGCUUAUGCUGGAGGCUCCAGCCACCACAGACGCAGACAAGGAGGUUGUUAUGACUGAUCUGAACCAGGAUGUGAUUGGUCUCAUCUGGAGCCAGGACCUGCAUGUCCAGGAGGCCAGAUGUCUCCUCCAGAGCUCCCGACCAGUCCGGCUCAGCGUGGUCCACCUGGCUGAGGUCAGCGACCACGAGGACGUAGAGGAGAAGGAGAACAAAGACCUGUUCACCAUCUUCUCCUACCACCCUGUGUCAGCAGAGCCCCUACCAGUGUUCAAACUCAACCUUACUGAUCUGAACAGUGGGAACAUUGACCUUCCUCCCAAAAAGACGAGCUGGUCCAGCUUUCACAACGGGGUGGCUGCAGGCCUGAAGAUCGCCUCAGCCUCCCAGGUAGACUCUGCCUGGAUGGCCUACAACAAACCCAAGAGCCUCGAUCAGGCCAACGAGUACACAGGCUUCCUCAUGGCUCUGGGCCUCAACAGGCACCUCAGCAAGCUGGCCACACUCAACAUACAUGUCUACUUCACCAAGGUGAGUGUGCAUGCAAACACAUACAGUCACACACAAUUACAGUAUCUCACAUACACACACAGUCACACACACACGUUUUCGCUAACCACAAACCAAGUCACUUCUGCAGCCCUCAUUCUGAGAAAAGCCAGUGAAGCCACCAGCUGCUCUGGGGUUGAGUAAAGUUUUUCUCAUUAAAUGUUUUUAAGCUUCACUAGAUUGCAUUGGUUUUAGAAGAAUUCGUCUCUCAGCAUCCUGUUAUUUUUCUCACAUGAAAGUGGGAAGGCCUCCGUGCGCUCAGAGGAGAGUUUCACUUUGACUUAUCCCUGGCAGUGACGCAUAGCAACUUUCUCAUUUCUACUAAAGAAGGCCACGUGGUCAUAUCUAACACAUCUGUCAGCUCAGGAAAUAUCAGCGGUUAUUUACUAGAAUAUAUAGUAGUAUGUUUUACUACUAUUCUCGUUCUUGCUAGCAUGUCAUCUGUGCCAGGAAAGAUAAGCUGAUAUUUGACCACAGCAACGUGUUAACUUUUUAAAAGUCUGCUGCUGGUACUGUUAUGGUCUAAUACAGCAGCCCUUGAUAGGUCAAAAUGAAUGUUGAAUGAUUUAAGUAUGAAAGGGGUCAGCUGAUUUAUGCAAAAUGAGUACUUUGAAAUGUUCUCAUUAGUUUCCUUUAUGUCAUUGUGUGAUGAUGGAGAAAACAACUACUUUGAUGCAGUGUAGUUUGGAUCCUCCAAAAAGAGGAAUAGGGCGAAAAAUUGUCCUCACUCAGCAUAUGUUGAGCAAAGAGCUGUGAUCUGUUAUAACCUUGUUGUUUUAUACCCGCUCCACAUUCAGCCCUACACAGUCACUCAUUCAACUCAUAAUCUCUCUAUUAAACAAGUGAACCCCGCUAAGUAGGAAGUCCAUGGGGGACUAAUGAAAAUG